AUGAAGGCCUGCUGUGCCAGAUACGCAGCCUCUUUGGUUUCUUCUAAUACCGCUGCAAGAACAUCGACUCUAGCAGCUCGAUCUCGAGCUUCACAAUUCACACAAGCAUUCAACCGGCGAACGGUAAGUCACUCUCUCCAUACUACUUCCAUCCAUGCUCAUCAGCUACAGAUGUCCUCUACUACUAUCAGAUAUGGCGCCCUGCCAAAGGAGCUACCCUCAGAUGACCCGGACGAUGUUGUUUUCAAUUCGCUUUACGGGGUGCGCACCGUUGAGCUGAACCGACCGAAGAAGCUCAAUUCCCUGAAUGGAUCCAUGGCCAGGAAGAUCCUCCCUCGGCUAAGAGAAUGGGAAAAGUCAGACAUGGCCAACGUCAUCUUGAUCAGUGGAGCAGGCCCCAAAGCUUUCUGUGCUGGGGGCGAUGUGGCUGAACUCGCUCUUCAGAACAAAGAGGGACCGGCAGGCCAGAAGAAGUCGGCAGAUUAUUUCGCCCUUGAAUACAAGUUGGAUCUUUUGAUUGCAACGUACAGCAAGCCUUAUAUUGCCAUCAUGGAUGGGAUCACAAUGGGUGGUGGUGUGGGACUUUCUGUCCAUGCUCCGUUCCGCAUUGCUACAGAGAAGACUGUUUUCGCUAUGCCCGAAACAACGAUUGGAUUCUUCCCUGACGUUGGUGGAAGUUUCUUUCUGUCUCGACUUGAUGGCGAGAUUGGCACAUACCUGGCAUUGACUUCAGAGCGACUGCAUGGUGUGCAAGCGUUCUACGCCGGGAUUGCAACACAUUAUCUCGAUAGCUCUGUACUCGGUCCUUUGACAACACGACUGUCAGAGCUUGUGUUCAGAGAUAACGCCAGUCUUCUCGACCGACAACAACUAAUUAAUGCGACCAUAAGCGAAUUCACAAGCAGCUUGCCAACCCCUGACUCAUAUGCCAAAGCGCAAUACGGUAAUCUAAGGGGCUCCUUACGCGAGGCAAUUGAUCGAUCCUUCAGAUUCGACUCUGUUGAAGAGAUUCUCGAAGCUCUUCAGCGAGAAUCUAAAUCGCCAGACACCCAGCUUGCGGAGUGGGCGAAGCUCACGCAGAAGACCAUUGCACUCAGGUCGCCUACUAGCCUACGUGUUACUUUGCGCCAACUUAGAGAGGGCAAACGUUGGAACAUCCGAGAAACUUUUAUUCGAGAACACAAGAUAGCAACCGAAUUCAUGCGACAUCCCGAUUUCACUGAAGGGGUUUCUGCCCGCCUGAUCAACAAGCCUGCGACCACUCCACAGUGGAAACCAAACACCCUCGAAGGAGUCUCUGCGACGGACGUGCAGGAAUUCUUCAACCAACCGUCGCCGGAGGAGGUGAUUGAGUUGAUUGAUCCAUAUCCAGGAUCACCGAACCAGACCUACGACGAAUACCCUCAUGCGGUCUUUGCGCUGCCGCGAGAAUCAGAUAUAAAAGCAGUGGUGAAGAGUUACGGUAGAGAUGGACCUCAGGCUGUGACAGAGGAGGUUCUCAGAAGGUGGAACAACAAAGCAGGUGUCAAGGAGAAGGUUGAGGAUGUGAUAUCGCGCAUGACGACUGAGAGUGACCGAGGCAUUGCGUGGCAGGGCAAAGCCAAUUUGUGA